GAAAACACAAAGGACACUAAACACAAAAAGCACGUCGUAGUUGUACUACUACCUACUACUCCCAUUCAUUCAUUCGUUCCAUUUCCACCAAGUGACCAAACAAAACUUAGGUGGUGGCGGAAUCUCCGAGGGACUCUCCCUCUCCAUAAAACCUAACCAAACACGAGAAGAGAAGAGAAAAGAAACCGCGCGCUUCAGUUCCGUUUGUUUCCCUCAGAUCUCCAAAAUGCAGAGCGCGGCUUUCACUCUCUCUCCCUCGCUCCCUCUCCCAAACCCUUCUCCAAACGCCUUCAGAGUAAGACCCUCGCUCUCUCUUCGCGUCUCUGCCAAACAUGGCAACGCCGACGGCGUCUCUUCCUCUUCCUUCGUUCGCCGAUCUUGGACUCUCUCUCCCUCCUCUUCCUUCAAGUUCCGCCCUCUCUCUUCCCCUUCGCCUCCACGCGCCGCCGAAAACGCCGUUCCCGAUAGUGUCCCCGCCGAGAACACGCUCUUCAAGACUCUCGAACUCGGCGCCUUGUUCGGCCUCUGGUACCUCUUCAACAUCUACUUCAAUAUCUACAACAAGCAGGUGUUGAAGGCGUAUCAUUUUCCGGUGACUGUGACUCUCACGCAGUUUGCCGUUGGGACUGUUAUUGUGGCGUUAAUGUGGGGUUUGAAUCUGUACAAGAGGCCGAAACUCAGUGGUGCUAUGCUUGGAGCGAUUUUGCCGUUGGCUGCGGUGCAUACUUUGGGGAAUCUUUUCACUAAUAUGAGUCUUGGGAAGGUGGCUGUGUCUUUCACUCACACGAUCAAGGCCAUGGAGCCUUUCUUUUCGGUCGUCCUAUCUGCCAUGUUCCUUGGAGAGUUCCUUACACCUUGGGUGGUCGGUUCCCUUGUACCUAUUGUUGGUGGAGUUGCACUGGCGUCUGUUACAGAGGCCUCUUUCAAUUAGUAAGAUGUCUGGGCUGGAUUUUGGAGUGCAAUGGCAUCCAAUGUGUCAAAUCAAUCUCGUAAUGUUCUUAGCAAAAAGGCCAUGGUUAAUAAAGAGGAAUCCUUGGACAACAUUACUCUCUUCUCUAUAAUAACAGUAAUGUCCUUCUUCUUGUUAGCACCUGUGGCUGUCUUCAUGGAGGGUGUGAAAUUUACCCCUGCUUAUUUGCAAUCUGCUGGGUUAAAUGUUAGACAAGUUUACAUCAGAUCUCUUCUUGCUGCACUCUGUUUCCAUGCAUAUCAACAAGUUUCUUAUAUGAUAUUGCAAAGGGUAUCACCAGUUACCCACUCUGUGGGCAAUUGUGUGAAGCGGGUUGUGGUCAUUGUGAGCUCUGUCAUCUUCUUCCAGACACCUGUCUCACCUGUGAAUGCUUUUGGGACUGCUAUAGCUCUUGCCGGCGUUUUCCUCUAUUCAAGGGUGAAGCGAAUCAAGUCAAAGCCAAAAACAGCUUAAUUUUCAAUGGUAAAAUUUUGUUAGUUGCAUCACAAAAGCCAAAUAGCUUCAAAAUGCAAUUCCGAAUUUCUUUGUAGGCGAGAUAGCGAAUAUGAGGAUUACGAUUAUUGACCCCUUAUUUUCCUUCCCCCAUUUAGUUACCUCGUGAAUUUUAAUGUUUACGUCUGAGUAAGUGCCUAUUGCCCCAUGAAAAUUUAUCCUCUUCUGAAUUUUGCUCAAAUACCACAUCAAGGUGUGUUUUUAAUGUAUCAUUUGUGUGCAAGCAUAUAUGUAAUCAGCUAUAGAUUUUUUAAAUAUUGUGCAAGUUUUGAUUGUUGAA